GUCAACUCCAACAAACAACCUCGCCGCCGCCCAUUCCGACCACCGCACACAUCUGCGUAGCCACGAACGCACUCUAUCGCGCUGCCUGAAAACCUUUCUUUCAAAUCACCUUCUAGACCAGUUUAGAAGCCCCGUCAACAUGUUCAUAGCACGCAGCGAGUAUGAUCGCGGCAUCAACACUUUCUCGCCAGAAGGCCGUCUCUUCCAAGUCGAAUACUCUCUCGAGGCCAUCAAGCUUGGUUCAACAGCGAUAGGUGUUGCAACAGGCGAGGGUGUAAUCCUUGGUGUCGAGAAGCGCGUCACAUCUACCCUCCUUGAGACCAGCUCAGUCGAAAAGAUCGUCGAAAUCGACCGCCACAUAGGAUGCGCCAUGUCGGGACUGCAGGCCGACGCACGCAGCAUGGUCGAGCACGCACGAGUCGAGAGCCAGAAUCACGCCUUCAACUACGCCGAGCCUUUGAGGGUGGAGAGCUGCACGCAGGCGAUAUGCGAUCUCGCGCUGCGAUUUGGUGAGGGUGCUGAGGGCGAGGAGAGCAUCAUGUCGAGACCAUUCGGUGUGGCGCUGCUCAUCGCUGGGUACGAUGAGGACGGCCCGAGUCUGUACCACGCUGAGCCCUCUGGCACAUUCUACCGCUACGAUGCGAAGGCGAUUGGGUCUGGAUCCGAAGGUGCACAAGCAGAGCUGCAGAACGAGUUCCACAAGUCGCUUACCCUACCGGAAGCCGAGGUCCUCGUUCUCAAGACGCUCAAGCAGGUCAUGGAAGAGAAGCUGGACAGCAAGAACGUUCAGCUCGCGAGCGUGACCAAGGACAAGGGCUUCAGGAUCUACACUGAUCAGGAGAUGGAGGAGGUCGUUGGAAGACUGCCUACGAACUAAACGAUGAAGGUAGGCGUGGGCGGUGAGGACGUAUAGAGCAUGUUAGAGCAUCUAAGCGCUACGUCAUGAUCACAACAAAGAAAUGAAGCAAUGCCACAACAUCGCAUCACAAA